AACGAACUGCAACAAAGUCGCUACAAAUCAAAACUCCAUUAUAUAUAGCACUUCAUGGCAACAGAUAGGCGUCAAUAAGAUUUUAUCAAACUAGCGAAAAUGAGGUUCACAAUAAGUUUUCUGCUGAUUGUGAUCUGCGUUAUAUCCGUGUCGGAAGGCAGCGCGAUAUCUGUUGCCCGAGUUGUUCGUGAGGCGGAACCUGGAUUCAAGUGGACUCUUUGCGGCCACUUUCACGUGUUGUUCGUCAAGGACCCGAGGGCGACCACUUCGGUGGCUCUGAGUGUGAAGUCUGGAACUGGUCCUGGUUGUGUAAUGAGUAAUGAAGCGGAAAGACUUCCGAAUCUACCACAUUCCUGUCCUAUCUACAAGUUGUACCUAGCGAGAAUCUUGAAUAAUUAUCUCCCAAAAACCCAUGGAAACUAACUUAAAGCACAAUUUAAAAUACUUUAAAACCUCGUAAUAAUGAAAUUUAAAAUACAUAAUUCAAAUAAACGUAGAUGAAAAUUGAUUCCCUAAACGAAUGUCAAAAAAUAAUAAGAUAAGUAUUCCUAUUUGGAUAAAAAUAUAAGGAAAAUAAAAAAAAUAGCCAGAAAUUUUAAAAGACAAAAACUAAGAAAGCCGAAAACCAUUUAAAUAUUGCGUGCUACAUUGUUUAAAACUUCAAUAUACUUUUUUAAUAUUACUAAAAUAGAUUUCUCUUAAUUUUUGUACUCUGAA